UUCCUUUCUCGAGAUCGCUAGAGAGCAAAGUCUCAUUCCCAUUUACUGCAACCCUUUAUUACUCGCAACCGUCCCCGACCGCUUGACCUCCUAUAUAAUGCUCCCAUGCAACACCAACUCAUAUGUGCUUCAGAGAGAGAGAGAGAGAGAGAGAGAGAGAGAUGGCGAAGUACUGGUGUGUGAUUUUUGUGGUUGUUUUAGUGGUAGUACAAUAUGCAGAUGCACGUAAGAUGCCCAGCGAGCAAAUACUGCCUGUGCAUGCUAGUGCACCAGAGGCAGAGUCACCUAGCGGCACGGGCCUGGGUGACAAGAAGAAUUUUAUUUACGGCGGUGUAGGUGGCUUUGCCGGGUUGGGUGGCUAUGCGGGCGUUGGCGGUGUGCUGCCGACACUUGGUGGCCUUGGUGGAAUUGGCAAAGUCGGUGGAAUUGGUGGGGUUGGUGGGAUAGGUGGCAUUGCCGGUGCUAGUACUGGUCUUGGCGGUGCUGGUGGUCUUGGUGGUCUAGGUGGUGCUGGUGGUCUUGGUGGCCUAGGUGGUGCAGGUGGUCUUGGUGGUCUAGGUGGUGCAGCCGGUGGUGGAGUUGGGGGUGCUGGUGGCCUUGGCGCUGGAGUUGGUGGUGCCGGUGGUCUCGGUGGAGCUGCCGGUGGUUUGGGUGGUGCUGCCGGUGGCGGAGUUGGUGGUAGCCAUGGCCUGUUCCCAUCUCCUUAAGUUACCCUAUUUUUGGCUUAAUGUGUGUUUUGUCAUUUGUGUUGGGUUUUGUCGUGUACCCUGCCUAAUUAACUGUGGUCGUUGGGUGGCUCCUAUGAGAGAUCCGAUGAUUGUCAGUUGUAUCAGUUGCUGUGUUUCCCAUUUUUCAUGUUUUAAUGCUAAUUGCAGCUGUCGUUUAAUUUAGAGUUACAUGUUUCAUCAGUUGCUGGCUUUUUGAUGUUUAAUGAUCAUGUGUUGUUAAU